UUUAUAGUUCAUCCAGUUGGCAACACUGGUCAUAGGUCAUAAGUUUGAUGUAUUCAAUAUGCAGAUAAUAAUUAUUAUUAUUACAUAAAAUAAGAAUUCGUUUUGUAGAAAAAGUUUCAUAAUAAAUUCGCAGAUUUAAUUUUCAUUGCUGUAAAGGCAAACUACUAUUUCAGCAAAAUGGAUCCCAUUACAAUAUCGCAUCCUACUGAACAAGUUCUAAUCAAACAAGAACCCUUAGAUGAACCUAAUAUGGAUUACAGUGAUUGGAAUGAACAUCAUCCUUGUGACAAAUUACUCAAAGUAGAACUGCUCGAGCCAGAUAGUGUUAAUGUCGAAAAUAUAACUUGUAAGGAAUGCCAAACUUUAUUUGUGAAUGAAUACGAGCUCAAAAUUCACAAAAUGAUACAUUCACCAGAUCACACCUGUUUUAUUUGCAAGGAAUUUGUGAAAAAUAGAUUCCAGUUCGUGGGGCAUGUUAGGAAACAUAUGUGCGCUAAACCAUUCAAGUGUCACAGUUGCAUACGGACGUUUCCUACUUCUAGAGAGACCAAGUUGCAUCAACGUGUGCACAGUGAUGACAGACCCUAUAUGUGUACGGAGUGUGGAAAAGCUUUCAAACAAAUUUCCACUCUAAAAGAUCACGAGGUUGUUCACACAGGAGAAAAGAAAUUCAAGUGUAAGAUUUGUGAAGGAGCCUUCGCUACAGCUACCAGCCUACGAAGGCAUAUCCGAGUGAUGCAUGAGACUGUACGUUCUUUUCUUUGCCACUUCUGUAAGGAAAGUUUCACAAGCAAGCAGGCGCUGAAACAGCACAUGGGGAUACACAAAGAUGAAGAUCCCUUGAAAUGUCAGUGUUGCGGAGAGAAACUUGCGAACAUAGAAGAGUUUACGGUGCACAGAAACAAGCAUAUUGAAUUAAAGCAGUCAGGUAAUUGCGAGUACUGCGGUAAUAAGACUUUCUAUUUUGAACUGAAGGACCACAUUCAAAAGAUGCACCACCCGAGAUCCUGUGAUAUCUGCAGCCUAGUUUUCUAUGACCAGAAAUCUAUAGAUAACCACAGGAGGAGUCAUUUGGAGGAAACCGAACGAGAAGAUUAUAUCUGCACUAUUUGUGGGAAGCAGUUUGAAUUUCCUAGGUACCUGAAGGCGCAUGCUAAACGGCACGAAGAAGAUUACAAAAAGUUCAGAUGCGACUUGUGCCAAAAAUCAUUCUCCUCAAAGCGUGAUUUAACGGACCACCUGAAUGUCCAUGCCAACGUGAAAAACUACCACUGCAAAGUGUGCAAUAAAGCAUUCCGAACGAAGCAGAGCGUCAACAAGCACAUGCCCAUACAUUCCGAGAAGCGCCCUUUCAAGUGCACUCUCUGCGACAAGAGAUUCAAGAAGCAAUCAAUUCUGCGCAAACAUUCCUUCACGCACUCUCGACUGCGCCCUUACGUAUGCGAGUUGUGCCCCAAAAACUACAAAUCCAAAGAGAGCCUUCGGGUUCACAGGCUGACCCACCAAAAGAGAAAGAAAAAGUGCAAAGGAUGCAAGAAGUCGUUCACUUUCGAGACGGUUUACAAGAGUCACGCCUGUCUCAGCGUCUACAGGUUCAAUGUGAAUAACCGACGGUGCAACUUCUGCAAGAGGCAGUGCAAGACGAGCGCCACCUACUACUACCACCUGCAGGGCCACUGCGGAGCAAAGAGAUUCUCUUGCAGCAUCUGCAAGGUUCCGCUGAAGUAUCUCUAUCAGGUGCAUUUGCAUGAGAUCAUACACAGAAACAGCAAGUCCAGUAAAUAGUGAUUUUCCGGGAGCUCUAGACAACGAUCGAAGUUUGUCCAUAGUAAUUGGAAUUAUUUGUUCAGGAUUUAUGUUCCAGCACUCGAGGAGCUCCUAGAAUAGUUUUGGAAUCAGCUUUUUCUCCACUUCACGUUAUGUUGGAGGAAGUGUUUUUGGUUACGACACUUUUGGAAGGCUCUAACUUUGUAAUUGAUUGAGACUAAAUAGAAAUAUUUUGUUGUUUAAUUCUAGGUUAUCUAAAUGUAUUUAUGAUUUGUUUCAUCAAUUGUAUAGACAAGAUGGCGUUUGUCACUGGAGGUUAUAUUUUAUUUAUUUGUAUAUUUAUGAACUGCAAUGCUCAAUUAAUUGAGCUUGCCAUAGAUGAGACAUAUUUAUAUUAUUUGGUCUGUAGUUUUAAAUUGAAAAGUGGAUAAAGUAAAAUUUGUGGAUUUUUCUA